UGGCCAGCCUCACAUGACAGCUGAUCGACCCGCGGCUGAGGGAGAGGUGAGCUACUGCCUUUAUCAUCUCUUAUUCUCGUGACUUGUGUGUCUAGGAAGAGUGAAACACCAGGAUAAUAUUCUGUGGCGGUACAGUAAUACAGGAAAUUCAAGAUGUUGGACAGUCUUUUCAAUAUUGACAAUGGGUACCUGGAGGGGCUGGUUCGAGGUUUCAAGAAUGGCAUCCUGAAGCAGACCGACUACUUGAACCUGGUGCAGUGCGAGUCUCUGGAUGAUCUGAAGCUCCACCUCCAGAGUACUGACUAUGGAAAUUUCCUGGCCAAUGAAGCUUCUCCCCUUCAGGUGUCAGUCAUUGAUGACAAGCUGCGGGACAAGCUUGUGGCCGAGUUCCAACACAUGAGGAACCAUGCCGUGGAGCCCUUGGCUACCUUCCUUGACUAUAUCACCUAUGGGUAUAUGAUUGACAACAUCGUGCUGCUGAUCACAGGUGCUCUUCACCAGCGCCCCAUUUCUGAGCUGAUGCCCAAGUGCCAUCCCUUGGGCACCUUUGAGCAGAUUGAAGCCAUCAAUGUGGCUUCCACUAGCUCUGAGCUCUACAAUGCUGUGUUGGUGGACACUCCUUUGGCUGAUUUCUUUGGAGAGUGCAUCAGUGAACAGGACUUGGAUGAGAUGAACAUUGAGAUCAUCCGCAACACCCUGUACAAAGCUUACCUGGAGAGCUUUUAUGACUACUGCAAGAACUUGGGAGGAACCACUGCCCAGGUCAUGUGUGAGAUUCUUGCUUUUGAGGCUGACCGUAGAGCCUUCAUCAUCACCCUAAACAGCUUUGGCACAGAGCUCACCAAUGAGGACCGCAAGAAGCUUUACCCUCAGUGUGGCAAGCUGAAUCCUGAUGGUCUGGCGGCUCUUGCUCGAGCUGACGAUGCUGAGAAUGUGAAGCAGGUGGCAGAGUUCUAUACGGAAUACCGUGCACUGUUUGAGGGAGCUGGCAACAAUCCCGGGGAAAAGACCCUCGAGGACAAGUUCUUUGAGCAUGAAGUGAGGCUCAACGUUAACGCCUUCCUCCAUCAGUUCCACUUUGGAGUGUUCUAUGCCUACCUUAGACUCAAGGAACAGGAGUGCCGCAACAUUGUUUGGAUUGCAGAGUGUAUUGCACAGAAGCAUCGUGCAAAAAUUGACAACUACAUCCCCAUCAUGUAGACAGCAGCAGUGUGAAGCUUUUACAUCACCAGACCCUCACUCCCUCACCUUCCAGAACUCAUCCAGCUCACCACAUCUGUACACCAUCUCCUCAGGGUCACUGUAGAAGCCAUGACGAACCAGCUCUUCCACUGCCUCAUCCACACUACAGCCCUCCACCUGCAGCUUCCCUCCCUUUACACACUCAAGAAAACGAAGCUGUAAAGAGAAGAAAACAGAUGAGAGAGAGAGAGAGAGAGAGAGAAGCUUGCUCUAUUUCAGCAAGAAAGAUAAUUAUGUAAAAACACACUCAACAAAACUUAGCUGUAGAGAGAGAGAGAGAGAGAGAGAGAGAGAGUUUGCUUUUAUUUCAGCAAGAAAGAUAAUCACGUAAAAACACACACCAUGUCCUCCCUGGCUGUGACUCUUGCCUGCAAUGCAAUGCGCCGGCCCUUGAGCACCUCAGAGUAGCGUGAUUCCUGCAGCUCCUUGGAACACGGCAGCAGCUCUUGGCAGUACUCUAACUUCUCAUCCUCCUCUAUCUGUGGGUGAGGUGAAGCAAGUGAGUGAAGUGAAAGGAAGGACACAAAGAAUAGAGAAUGUCUAGUAUCUGAUAUCCUAAUAACUAAACAGAAGUGUGUGUAUAUUAUAAAGAACAAACAUAGCGGUGACAAGAUGAGGGCUAAAAGUCUUGCAAUGCAGUCGCAUAACUCACAUUGCAAUUUGCAACUCAGUAUUACAAAAAAAAUCCAAGUGACACAUGUAAAAUUUCAUUGAUAAUAAAGAUUUGUGUUACGC